CCCGCUCCCGGCCCCGCUCCGGGCCCGGCGCUCUCCCGUGGGUAGCGGGAGGCUGCCCCGGGAAGCCCGAGGCGGCGAGAGCUCUCGGCGUCUCGCUGGCUGCGGGUCGAGCUGCGAGUCAGUAACGCCCCGCUUUGUUCCGGUGUUGUAGGUCAGGAUGGCAUCGGUUGAGAGGGAAACACUGUCCCAGGAGGAGCUGCGGAAAAGGCUGUAUCAGACCUUUAAGAGCCGAGGCGUACUGGACACACUUAAGACACAGCUCCGAAACCAGCUAAUCCAUGAGCUAAUGCACCCAAUUUUGAGUGGAGAGCUUCAGCCACAGAUGGUUCCAAGUGAAGACAGUUCACUUUUGAUAACUGCUUCUAACAGUUUGGUGGCAGAUCAUCUAGAGAGAUGUGGCUACGAGUAUUCACUUUCUGUGUUCUUUCCAGAAAGUGGAUUAGAAAAGAAGAAGCUGUGGACUGUGCAAGAUCUUCUUCAAUUAAUGAGGAUAAAUCCAGAAUCCAGUCUUUACAAAUCAUUGACUUCAGGAACUCAGAAGGCAAAUAAAGCUGAGAAGCUUCAGCUGAUUGAUGAACAGUUUGCGGACUCCUAUCCUCUGCAUCAGAAAUAUGAAUCUUUAGAAGUAAAACUUAAUGAAUAUAGAAAAGAAAUAGAGAAGCAGCUUCACGAAGAAAUGCAUCAAAAGCUUGAACAUUUUAAAGAAGUUGAAAUAGCAAAGAUUAAAAUGGAGGAGAAAGCACAGACCCAAAAAGAAAUCUCUGAGCUGCGCCAUGAGUUAGAGAAGACACAUCAAGCAAAGUCGGAAGCCUUGAUCUCUCGUGAGAAGAAUGCUAUUGAGAGGCUUCAAAGGCAACAAGAGAUAGAAGCAAAGGAAGUGUAUGCUCAGAGACAAAGUCUGUUGAAAGAUAUUGAAGCCGUAAGGACCAGAGAGGCAGAACUGAAGCAAAGGAUGGAGGCAUUUGAAAUCACCCAGAAAGUUCAGGAGGAGAAAAAUAAAGCUAUAGAAGAUGCACUUCGACGUCGUGAGGUUGCUGUGAAGAACAUAGAGGAGACAUAUGACCAAAAGCUGAAGACAGAACUCUUAAAAUAUCAGCUCGAAUUAAAAGAAGAAUACAUAGCCAGAACCAAUAAAGUUACUGAAGAUGAGAAAAAAAAUAAAGAGAAAGCUAUGUUUUUGCAAGAAGAAGCCAUUGCUGUUAAUUCAAAAAAGGAGGAACUCAAGCAAGCUGUAUCUCGCACCAAAGAGCUUGAGCUGGACUUGGAGUCAGUGAAGGCCCAGGUUCUGUUGGUAAAUAAACAGAAUCAGUUGUUGACAGAAAAGCUGAAAGAGGUAUCAGACUAUCCUUUGCUAAAGGAGGAGAAAUUGGAGCUCCAAGUGCAGAAUAAACUUCUUAGGCAACAGUUGGAUGAGACUCGGAGUGAGAACCAGCAUCUUCGAGACAAACUGUCCCAGCCCUCAGCGGAGUACCUGGCCUGCCAAGUGGAGCUGAGGAGAGUGGAGCAUUCUAAGAAGUUGAUGCGGGAUGAAUUUGAAAGUCAUAAGCAAAUGUUGGAAAAACAGCUACAAAGUGAGAUUGAGCGUUGUGCCCAGUUAAAGGCCCAACUGUUAGACUCUGAAGCUACUGUCAGGAAGUUAAAUGUGCAGGUUGAAGAACUGAAACUGCAAGUGAAGCAAACACAGGCAGCUCUGGAGAAUGAGGUGUAUCGGAACCCAAAGCCGUCGCUCGUCGACCGCUCCGUCCUCGACUUCCUUGGGGACAGGCUGGUGCCCCCCGACGUUUACGUGGAGGGCGCGCUCCCGAGGAAGCCGCUCCUGCCCGAGGUGGGGCCGGCCAGCGCCGUGCCAGGGCCCGGCUGGCAGCUGCGGCCGCGCAGCGCUUCCCCGGACUCUGACCUGGAGUGCAUCGCACAGGCCCGGGCCAGGGUGAAGGAGCUGGAAAAGGAGGCCGAGUACUUGGAAGAAGCCUACAGGAGUUACCAACACAGAGUCAUGCUGAAUGCAGCUGCAAGCAGAACACCAAGGAAGAUGCAGCCUCCUGUAAUUCUGCAGUGUCCUCUUAGUAGACACCCUUUGACUACCCAGCAGGAACUGCUAGAGGAUAAUCCCAGCUGCCCACAUUCCCCUCUGAGCAGUCCAAGAGGUGAGGAACGCAUCAAAAGAACUGAGCAGGUUGAUAUCAUUAAAACUUCCUUCACGCCACCACACAGAGGAGCAUCUUCCAGGCGCCUUUCUUCUACUCCCAUUUCCAAACCGAAGAAAGACCUCGGUAACAAGAAAAUUCCAGAUGACAUCAAGAGCUCAUCCCUUACCUCUUCACAGCAGAGUGUUGACCAGGUUCUUUCUCCUAUUUCAAAGCCAUGUUUGCUUUCAUCUUCUGAGUCUGUUCCUUCCUCACCAUCCAGUCAUGGCCAGAAAACCAGACUUCAGAGUCAACAAACAGAUAAACAAGAUCUCAGUGAUAUCCACAAACCAGAGAAACUGAGGUAUGAGGAUCUUGAAGAACACAUUAAUACUCUUGAAGAUCAGGGGGACAUACCAGAGGAGUGUCAAAGUGAUGUCUUGCAUCCAUCUGGGGACAUUGUCGAUGAAAACUGUGUCACAGCCCCUGUGCCAGCAACAGCCACUUCACUGCAGGACUUAAGUGAGUUCUCAGCUCAGACACAAAACAAAGUACCCUUUCUAAAUGUCAAAUGUGUAACACAGAAAGCCAAAUAUUUAAGAGUCUAUAGGUAUGAAGGCUGGUGUAGUUGAAAAAUUUUCCAGAAAGUGCCAUUUCUGUAAUAAAGAAAAAGGAGUGUUUUCCUUUGCUUUUCUGUAUGAGGAUGACUUUUUUAAUCCUGGUUUUAGUUGAAUUUGCUUUUAAUUUAAACAUUCUUGUAACAUAUCCUACCCCUCCAUCCAGCCUCUUGUGAGAUGAUUAUUUUUUCUUUAGGAUAAUUAUUAAAUAUAAUUUCUGCUCUUUAUAGGAAUGAGACAUUAAAUAUUUGAAGUAUUUUAUGUACUGCUUGUCUGGAUUUUUAAAAAUUUAUUCUUGACUCUGUUGUUGUACUGUAUUAUUAAAACCUUAAUUAAACAUUAACAUAACAUUAACAAUGAAAAGCAUUAAAACAAUACAGUUUUAAUUCUUUGGCUAGAUGAGAAUAAUAUCUCAUAGUCAGCAUAUGUUGCUAUUCUAAUUGUUCUAGAUGGAAACAUUAUGAUUCUUUUUAUUUAGAGAAGGGCUUUCUAGCUUCUCAUGAUUCCCACUCCUUAGUUUGCCCAUCUCAUUGCUGUCUAAUGCUGUUCUUUGUACACAGCUUUUUAAAUACAUUGGUCAUAUCACCAGUGUGUCCUGCAAUAAUUUUCCAAGGGGUUUUAAAUACUUUGCUUUAUAAAUAUAAAGAAUUGUAUCCAACCACAUUGCAGAGGGGGAAAUAAUACAGUAACAUGGACUUUGGGAUAAUAAAGGUUUGUUUUAUAAGCAUGUCCAUGAAAGGAAUGAGAAGUGCAUAGAUCUGUCAAAUCUCUGGCCUAUACUUUGGCUCUACUCCUUAACUCCUGGUGAGUCAUUUAUCAGACAAAAAAACGUUGAGAGGUGGGAAAACCCAUUAUCCCAUACCCAAGAGUAAGUUUGGUGUAUGUACAAACAAUAUAUCCAGUUGGUUUUCAUUUGCUGUUAACGUUUUACAGGAACCUGGUACUGAUUUGUAUGCUCUUGUAGCGAUUACUGAACUACAUAAAUCUAAUUACAGAUGUUGAAAUAAUUUUUCACAGCAGUGCUGGAUCAAAGGCAGAUUGAAGAACAGAACAGAGAAGUUGAG